AUGACCGUGGAAUCGCUUCCGACGUGUCAGGCGGAUAUGAAGUACGACGUGCUCGCGAGGGCCGGACUCGCCCGACGCGGAAACCUCCAUCUGCCGCAUUCCGUCGUCGAAACGCCCGUUUUCAUGCCCGUCGGAACUCAGGGAACUAUGAAAGUGAGAAUUCUUUGACAGUUUCGACCUGAAACAAGCUCCGCUUUCUCACGCAUAAACUUUUAGAUCUCACUUUUCAGGGAAUCGUCCCGGAGCAGUUGGUGUCGAUGGACUGUCGGAUCCUCCUCUGCAACACGUACCAUUUGGGUCAUCGGCCUGGUCACGAACGGGUCAAAGCGGCCGGCGGACUGCACAAAAUGAUGAACUGGAAUCGGUCGAUCCUGACAGAUUCGGGCGGCUUCCAAAUGGUUUCACUCAGCAAACUGAUGACUGUCGACGAGAACGGCGUGAACUUUGAAAGUCCGCACACUGGAGAAAUGAUGGCGUUGCCGCCGGAGAAGUCGAUCGAAAUCCAGCAGGCACUCGGAGCGGACAUCAUGAUGCAACUGGACCACGUCAUCCACGUGCUCACCACUGGAGACAUUGUCAAAGAGGCGAUGCAUCGGAGCAUCAGAUGGCUGGACAGAUGCAAAGAAGCGCACACUCGCGACGACCAGGCAAUGUUCCCCAUUCUGCAAGGAGGACUGAAUUUGGAAUUGCGGAGAGAAUGCGCAGAGGAAAUGGCAAGAAGGGCCAAGGUCGGAAUCGCGAUCGGAGGAUUGUCAGGCGGAGAGGAAAAGGAUCACUUCUGGAGAGUCGUCGCCGCCUGUUGUGCCGCCCUUCCUCCGCACCUUCCUCGAUAUGUGAUGGGAGUAGGAUUCCCCGUGGAUCUUGUCAUUUGCUCAUUGUUAGGAGCAGAUAUGUUCGAUUGUGUCUAUCCGACGAGGACUGCAAGAUUCGGGACAGCGAUGGUACGAAGAGGGGGACUGAUGCAGUUGAAUCAGAAUAGGUACAAAGGGGACUUCCUGCCGAUCGACGAGAAAUGCGAGUGCAACACUUGCAAGAAUUACACGAGAGCAUACAUUCAUUCGAUUGUUGGAAAGGUGAGGGAAGGCUCUAUCAUUUUGUUUCACUGCUGACUUUUCCAGGAAACGGUCGGAUGUCAUCUGGUCUCUGUGCACAACAUCAAGCAUCAGCUGGAUUUGAUGCGAGACGUCCGUCAGGCGAUCGAAUCGAACUCUGUUGAACAGUUCCUUCGGCAGUUCCUUUCCGACUAUUACGGACCGAUUCAAUCCGAAACACCUUCUAAAAAAGACACAGAGAAGGUGCGGGAGGUCCCGAAAUGGGUGAGAGACGCCGUCGAUCACAUGGGAUACCAGCUCGACUUUUAA